GGAUAUCUGCAAUGCACCGUGUAGCUAGUGCAGGCAACACAUCCACUUCUGUGCGGGCUCGGAAAGAGAAGAGGUUGACCUAUGUCUUAAAUGACGCUCAUGACACUAAGAUGCCUUGUCCUCAAAGUGGAAGGAAGAAACUGUUCAGCAAGUAUUUCACAGUCUUCACCCUCUAGCUUCUUCAGCAGUAUGAUGAUGCCAUUGAAAGAGUAAUUCUAGAGUUGGAAUCCCAGAUUCUUUCAUCCAAAGGUGCAACAAUUUUUUUAGUCUCCACUGUAAAUUUCAAAUCAGCAGAAAGAAGUAAAGGUUGAGGAAUGGAAUAUCAAAUGACCAUGAGCAUGGCGAAGCAAUGAGACUUGGAAAAUUGGAUGUACUUUACUGAUGGAGGUAGCUGCAGUCCAUAGGCUGGAUGACCUACUUUGCAAACAAUUCAGACGGACCAAUAUAUCAAGGAGAAAGCUUCUCAUUCGGCUGUUAGGCUUGAUUCUUCUAAUUUCAGGUUGUAUACAAAGUAGAACAACAUCACCCACACUAAAAGGCAAGUCAAGACACUUGGAAAGCUUGAGAUUUCAUGCGGGAUUGAGCCUUCAGAAGCAUUGUGCUGGUGUAAAUUGCUUGGCUUUGUUGAAGUCGUCCUCACCUGGUGGGUCUGAGUACCUAUUUACCGGGAGUAGAGAUGGGACUUUAAAGAGAUGGGCAUUGGCUGAAGAUGGUGCCACCUGCUGUGCUACAUUUGAAUCCCAUAUUGAUUGGGUAAAUGACACUGUUCUUACAGGCAAUAACACAUUGGUUUCCUGCUCCUCAGACACCACUGUCAAGGUAUGGAAUGGCUUAUCUGAGGGAUCUUGUACCAGGACUCUUGGUCAACACUCUGAUUAUGUCACUUGCCUUGCUUCAGCAGAAAAAAAUAGCAAUGUUGUUGCAUCUGCUGGCCUUGGUGGUGAGGUUUACAUAUGGGACCUUGAAGGUGCACUUUCCCCAACAUCUAAGUCAAGUGAUGCAACUGCGGAAAACUGUUCAAAUGGUGUCAGUGGUGCAGGAAGUUCAGUAUCCAUUACAAGCGUCCACCCUAAUAGUUCGAGCAACACCAUUUCCUUGCACACCAAGUCCCAAGGAUAUAUUCCUGUGUCUGCGAAAGGCCAUAAGGAGUCAGUAUAUGCAUUGGCAAUGAAUGACAGUGGAUCCCUUCUUGUUUCUGGUGGAACUGAGAAGGUUGUGCGAGUGUGGGAUCCAAGAACUGGUUCGAAGACCAUGAAGCUAAAAGGUCAUACAGAUAAUAUUAGGGCGCUACUUCUUGAUUCUACUGGCAGGUUCUGCUUGUCUGGCUCCUCUGAUUCCAUGAUUAGAUUAUGGGAUCUGGGUCAGCAGAGGUGUGUGCAUUCGUAUGCUGUGCAUACUGACUCUGUAUGGGCACUUGCUAGCACUCCAACAUUUAGUCAUGUUUAUAGUGGAGGAAGAGAUCUCUCUUUGUACUUAACAGAUUUGGCAACAAGGGAAAGUGUCUUGCUUUGUACAAAGGAUCACCCUAUUUUGCAGUUAGCAUUACAUGGUGAUAGCAUGUGGGUGGCCACAACAGAUUCUUCAUUACAUAAGUGGCCAGCAGAAGUGCAUAAUCUCCAUAAAGUUUUCGAAAGAGGGGGUUCGUUCUUAGCUGGAAACUUGUCGUUUUCCAGGGCAAGGGUUUCAAUAGAGGGAUCUACACCUGUACCUAUCUUUAAAGAACCUUCCUUUAGCAUUUACGGAACUCCAGGAAUUGUGCAGCGUGAAAUUUUAAACAACAGAAGACAUGUCCUAACCAAGGAGGUCACAAGAGGGACUGUAACUCAAAAUUACGGAGAGGUUUCAUUUGACAAGAAAAAAGAAGAAUUAUUUGAGAUGGUAAGCAUCCCUGCAUGGUUUACUGUGGACACUAGGCUCGGAUGCUUGUCUGUACAUUUGAAUAAUCCACAAUGCUUUUCUGCUGAGAUGUACUCUGCCGAUCUCAAUAUCCCUGGGAAAACUGAAGAUGACAAGGUCAAUUUGGCACGAGAAACACUUAAAGGGCUGUUGGUCCAUUGGUUAAUCGAAAGAAGGCAGAAAUUUGGAUCUCAAUCAUCAAUCAUUGGAGAAGUUCCAUCUGGAAAAGAUGUAUCUACAAGGAUUUUGACUACUUCAAGAGUGGAAGUAGACGGCAACACUGAUAAUGAUUCUGCGGUGUUCCAUCCCUUUGAAUUUUCUUCAGCAUCUCCUCCAUCCAUCAUGACUGAGGGCUCUCAAAGUGGCUCUUGGAGGAAAAAGAUCACUGACUUAGAUGGAACUGAAGAUGAGAAGGACAUGCCUUGGUGGGUUAUAGACUGUGUGAUGAACAAUCGUCUGCCUCCCAGGGAAAAUACCAAAUGUAGCUUUUAUUUUCAUCCAUGUGAGGGUUCUACUGUCCAGAUCCUUACCCAAGGCAAACUGAGUGCACCUCGCAUAUUAAGAAUUCACAAAGCCCUGAAGAUAUGGAGUAGCUUCGUCUAUAUUUCUGGUCACAAAGAAAGAUGGAAAUCAGCCCCCUUGUAUCUGGUGGUCUAUAUGGAAAGAGAGGAACCUCAAAUGCUUCCAAAACAAAAGUAACAACAUCAAGAACAUGAAGAUGAAUUGCUUGGUUUUAUUUCAUUUAUGGUGUAAACAGGAGUAUAUGGACAAUCUACAAUCAGUAAUGAAUGCUUUGGGCACCACCUUGUAAUUUUUGUUUAUUUAGGAUUGAAGAUCUUCCUAAUACUCAUUUAUAAUUAAUAAACCUGUAACAAGUUGUGGCAGGUUUGAUUUUUUGGAUUAUAAUACAAGACUGUUACCUUCUAAAAAAAGUAUUCCAAGGCAUUAUCACUAUGGAAGUACGAAUAGAAACACCAAACUGAUUUUGUAUUUUAGCAAAAAAAACCUUUGAAUAUAGAAAAUAACUCAGAACGAUCUUUUAUUAAGAAAACCCAAGUGCAUCUCGAAUAAUUAUCAAUGAAACUAACAAAAUUAUGAAAUUCUAAGGUGGAACUGACUAUACUACGACCCCAAAUAUUAGAAAGAAUUAAUGAAAAAAUAGACUCUAAAUGAACUAGUACUACAUGAAAAUGUAGCACGAGUGUGUUUCCCAAGUUAAAACGACGCACAAUCUAAUGUGGAUAAACUAGACAAACUAGGUACCAUCUCUUGCAGUUUGGAUAGACUUGGAUGUCCCAAAAGUUUGUGAAUUAGAUAUGAGGAAUCUGUAAUGGAGCAUGUUGUUAAGGAAUUAGAAGAUGUAAGAUAGUAAAGGCCUUGUGAUUCAUAUCCUGUUCCAAUCGUCUGUCCCGUACUGCGGUCCUGCAUGAGAAAUAAUCAUCAAAAGAGGUUAUGCUACAACGUAUGGCUUUCGUCAAACGAUUAAUCAAUGCUAGAUUAAAAGGAAAUGCAGGGACAUAAAACAGAGUUUAGGGUGACAGAAGAUACGGGUUUAACUUUUCCAACCCCUUUUAAUUUUGUUUGGAUCCCAUUAGCUAAAGUAAUAGCUGGAAGAGAUUGUGAAUAAAAACUAUCAGACAAAAGUGAUUAAUUACCAGUGACGGAAAAUAUUUUUUGAAAACAUUGACAGAAAAUAUUAAUUAUCCGGACAACAACUAGGUUACCGGAAAAACUGCACAUUGUAUUUUUUUAAAAAAUUUAUUUUAUUUUAUUUUUCUUACAAUGCUCUGAUACCAUGUGAGAAAUAUUGGAGAAAAUAUUAUUGAAUUGUGUAUCGAAAUUGUUACAUUGAGACUCUAUUUAUAGACACUACAUUAGAAUCCUUUUCCAACUAGGAAUCCUAUUCUUAUUCCUAUUCCUAUUUUAAGUAGGAAAUACUUAUUUCUGUUAUAACAACAAGACCACUGAUAUAAAGUUCAAUUCUUUGUGACUGUGUGACUAUACUAGCCCACGGAAUUAAUUGCUUUUCUUGCUAAUUUUCCACGGAUGACGGACCCAAUCUGGCACAACUUAGCCAAUUCUCCUUACUUCUGACUUCUGACUGGUGGCCCAAAACGAAGGUUUCAAUAACGUUUGAAUUCAUCCCAAGACAGUUCAGGUAGUCUCUAGUUGAAGAAACCAAAGUUGUGCAUUCCCCUCCAAAUGAAAAGAAGCAAGACUAACUUUUUCUUCAUCUGGAGUCUGUUGGUGUAGAAAAAAGUGAUCACAUCUGUUCAGCCAUCACAAAGGGUCCCCUUGGCCAUUAAACCUUGGAAAAUUCAACGUUGUAUACCUAGGAAUAAAAGAACUUCCUCGUGCAUUUGGUUUUGACCCUUCUGCCACUCCACUUUUAUCCUUCAAGCUCCGAUUCUGAUUGGUGUGAUUUGUUGAUUCAGAAUCAACCUUCGAAUUCGCUAGAUCUUUUCUGAGUGUAUCUAAGAGAGCAUUUAUUGCUUCGUGUCUCGCUAUGUUGGUUGCAUGUUCUUGUUCUAAUAAGUUCACCAAUUGAGCAGUUGAUGUUGAAUUUGAUCUCCCAUAACAUCCGGCUCUGAACCAAGUUGUUAUGGUCCCCAGUUAUAAAUCUUGUUAUGGGGCGCUGUAAUAUUAAAUAUGAUGUUUUCUUCCUACGACUUAUGGUGCUGGUUCGUUAAAAGAGAAACUGCGAUCUCUUGAGUUUGAAGUACUCAAAAACUUGAAUAAUUUUCUGCUUAUAUUUUCUCAGUCACGAGAUAGUUUAAAUACAAUACUUAUAAAAUAACUAUCCCUAGAAACUAGGACAUGACUUCCUAACUUAAAUGUAAUUACAAGACUGCACUAUUACAGGAAAAUAACUGCAUUAUUACAAGAAAAUAACUUCUACCACUGAUGAGAAAUUACUGCAAUUAACUAUUAGAUAACUAAGGAGUGAUAACCAAGGUAUUUUAAUUACAACACCAAAAACGUAUUACAGUGGUAUAAAAGAGAAGUUCGGAUCAUCUCAAAACUUGUAACAUCAAAAGCUUCCAAAAGUCCAAAGAGAAGUUGGAUAGUCCAGCGUAUUCCUCCUAUACCAUGUAUAAACAAAUUGAAGGCCUCUAGACUUUACAAAAGGUGGAGGUUGUAUCUUUCCUUCAACACACCUAUUCUUUCAUUCAAACUAUAACUACAUCAUGCAUAAUAAUCAAUGGGAUACUUUACCAGAGUUGCUUCUUCCUUUUCCGGAUCCUCUGUCCUUGCCAGCAAAUUAGUAACUUCUCACAUCUUGAGGCAUCACCCAUGUGACUCCCAAACUAUGCAGGAAAAGAAAAAAAUUGCAAUGAAGAAGAAGAUUGUUGGUUCCCAGGGGAAGGAGCAUAGUGUUAAUAAGAUAAGGAGAGUGAUAAAGAACUUUAGGAGUUGGAAAUAUUAUUAGUAUUUUUUUUGGUUCAGCUUAUUUUCGUCUUUGUCUCUGUCUUCUAUGUACCCGGAUUUGUUGCACUUGAGCCUAGGGUCUUUGGAAACAACCUCUCUACCUCCCCGAGGUAUUACUAAGGUUUUCAUACAUUCUACCUUCUCCAAAAAAUACUUGGUAUGUUGUUGUUGUAACUUUGUAAGUUUGAUUUAUUUUAUGCACCACAUAAAUAAUUUGUCCAAGGGAUCCUUUCUUUAAUGUUAUUAUUUCAUUAAAAAAUUCACAUUACCCAAACAAAAGUCAUUUUACAGUCACUAGCCAUAUCUCCAUUUAUAGUUUUCAAAUGGAUAACAAAUCUAACAUCUCGUCUAGGUUCAUACCAUGAGGACAGAAAAUGAUAUUAAAGAAUGGAUUAUAAUAGCAUACAAGGAUGUGACCCAGUGGUCAAUGAAGUGGUUUAGAUUUACUCAACUGUUCUAUUUUUGAUUCAGAACAAAGAAAUGAUAAAAUAGAAGUUUGUGCAAAUCUGGGAGACCAAAGUUCAAAUCCCAUUAUUGACAAAAACACUGUGUCAUUUAUUCAUCUCUGUUUAACCCUUGUUGGUAUGAACACCACCAUUAUUGGAAAAAUGAAAAUAGAACUAUAUUCAAGUAACGUUCAUUGCCAAUUCAAAAUUGUAAAAGUGACGGAAGAUGACCACCCAUUAUUGACAUUAUACCUCCACUAUAUAAAAUGCUCACACAAUUGGACAAA